CCGCUGCACCAACCACGCACACCACUCCCACAGCGACGAAGCACCACAAACCGACCUCACCGGGCACAUAUCAUUCACAAUACAUCACUUCGUCGUCCAAGAUGCCGCAGGCCAUCGGUGCGCACUAGAUCACUGCUGGAGGUCGGCCCACGUGCUGGCCUCCAGUCGUUCUCUGCCCAUCGAAUAACUUCAAUCGCCCCCCACGACGAAACGAGACGACUACUUCCAAGCAUAGCUUGUCAGUAGUUUGACCACCUGCACCGAGUUUGGAGUGAUCUCCGUCACAUCAGACCACCAGGCAUCGGCACCUCGAAUGCGUUUGCACCCCGCAAACGACGACGAAGACACGGCUUGACCCAUUGCGCGGCCACGCCUACACUACUAUACACACUACAGCUCGUUGCCAGAAGGCGACUUACGCGAGAUAUCAAGAGGACCCGGAGUUGUGCUUUCGACAGCACGAGACGAACCAUUCCCUGAGUUUAACCUACAGCGGACCCCCUACCACCAAGCACAUCAAUACUCGAGAUCCCGCAUCUCACCCUCGCAACCGAAACUUUUUCACCAGAAAUCCAGAACAACAGAACCUCAAUGGCUCAUCGUUCAACCAGUUCCGCCCCUCAGGCGAGCAAUCGGGUUCCUUACGAUCCACGAAAGUUGGCCAAUGGAAGCCCGAAAAAAGCGCCGCAUCACCCGCGACCGAUGAAGAGCAACAUCACCAAGAUGAGCAAUGGCACACGCACCGGAGAUGCCGUAUCAGACGACAGCGAUAACGAGGCCCAAGAGGGCGCUGCAGACAGCCCAGACGAGGAGAGCGACUCAGACGACGAGGCGGAUGUCUUUGCCCUGUCAGGCGCAAAGCGUAAUGGAAACAUUGCUGCACCGCGGCUGGCAGGGCCCGCAUAUAAUGUCGGAGCGGAUGCUGUGGCGGGCGCUGAGAAGAAUCUCGACAGCGAAGACGAGGACUAUGAUGCUGUCGAUGACGAUGACGAAGAAGAGGAUGAUAUGGAGAAGGCUCUCGAAAAAGACCUGAUCCAAGACUUCCUCGAGCAUGAAGCGGAGACUGAGGCCCAACGGCCACAGACCGCUACGUCGGUCUCCAAUGAUAUGACCGGUCUGAGCCUCGCUGAGGACGCUUCCCUUGCCCGCAGAUUGAGCUUGCAAAGCGAGGACGAUCUCAAUUGGACUGAAGAUCCUUUCCAUGGCCUUCGAACUGACGAUACUCUAUAUCAAGAGAUGAUUGACGAUGCUGAAGACGAAUUCUCUUACAAUCUUGCUUCAUGGCGCAUGCAACAAGACGAGGUCAGCGAGGACGUACUUUUUGACCUCCAUGUGCAGCGAUCAAACAAUGAGAAGCGUGUCCGAUUCGCAGAAAAUCGAUCCUCGCGUUCAUCGAGCAUGAGCAGCGAGGAUGACCCCAGAGAUUCGUAUCCUGACCUCCUUGAUGGGACAAGCACUCCCCGGAAUGCGGCACAAUACAUGAUGGAUGUCGAUGCAAUUGACGAUGAUAAUGAGUCUCACUUUGACUUUGACUACGAAGAUGAUUAUGAAGGCGCCAUCGCCGAGGGAGAUGACGAAGAAGACUCCGAUCUCGACAGUGACACAAGUGAUGAGACGGAUGGUGAUGCUACAGAUGACGAAGACGAAGAGGAUGCAUUCAGACGCAUGCAUGCCAUCCACCGGGAGAAUGCUGCGGCCGCGGCCGAGAGCACUCCUGCUAGCACCCCAAUCCCAAGCACGCCGAGCACACCAGUGACUGAUCAAGCUCCACCUCUACGACAGCCAACCAGCACAGGGCCACGUCCUCGUGGCGGAAAACCCAGCGGGAGACCAAGAAUGGGCACCUUUACCCAUGAUCCCACUCGUGCCGCUGUCACUGCCGACGAGAAUGGCAAUGGAAUAAAAAUCUCUUGCCCAUCAAAGCCUAUCGACAAGGAGAGCGCCUACUGGGAACAAGCACGCCAGGUCAUGGGCAGCCGUGACGGAAGUCCUGGAGAGCCCGUGACGUGGACUCGCACCACGCCUCAUACCGCCAGUAUUCCUCAGAGACCUUUCACGGCCAAGAUGACUCUGGGCAGCAUGUUCAACGGCAAUUUGGACUUCUUGCGCACCAACGACGUCAACGGCAUCACGAAUGGCCUUGUUCUUCCCAGCACGCGAGGCAGCAGUGCCCGCUCGUCAUUCGCGUCUUCCAACACCCUUGACAGAGAGCGAGUCACACCUGCACCAGCUGGAAACCUCGAAGACCUCGUACAAUACCCUGACACCGAUUCUGACAUGGAUGUCGACCCAACGCCAUCCGCUGCAUCGCAGCAGCAGGACGUCUUCGCGAGCUUCACGAACGAUGACUCCGAGCCGAUGCCUCGACUUGACAACGAGGACCUUCUGGAUCACUUUGAUCAGGUUCCUGGUGGAAUCUCCGUCUUCCGCAACAACCAGCAUAACGUACGCCAGGUCAGCUCGCUGGCAGCCAAUCCAGCCAGUCGUGUUCAGACUUCCGAGGCCAACGCUCUACAAAAAGGCAGACGCAACGCUGCCAAUAUUCCCAUUACACCCGGGCGCAAGACCCGCCCAAGUGUUGACAUGACCCUGACUGGCGCAGGCGUCAGAAAAUCUGCGGCUCAUGCCAGCCCUCUCGCGCAGAAGCGUCGUCGCAGCCGCGGCAACUCUCUUUCGCAAACUCUCGCCCUCGACCGUUUUGGCUCGAAGGCGUAGUAGUCCUGCCACUCAGCCCAUCGCUAGCGGCAUUCUUUCAGAACCGGGAAUACACAAAAGCACUACAAAAGCCCGAACACGAUCAACAGGAUUUGCAGCUUCUUCACUUGUCUUUACUUUGCCAGGAUGUUUUUCUCGCUCUUUCUGCUAUGACUUUUUCUGGUUUUUGAGACGUAUAUGCAUGUUAGCGAGGCGCAGGGAGGCGUUUCUGUCUGAUCUGACCGGAGUUUCUUCCUUUUUGUUCGGAAACUCUGCUGCUGGGAUGAAGAUGGGGGCCUCACUGCCGUCGUUGUUUGCUACUGCGCGCGGAGAUACCCUUUGGAGCUCCUUCCUUUGCAUUCGCUAGCAAGUUAUACGAUGAUGCGGUGGGACAUGGUGUCGGUAGUUUCGAGCUGUGAUGAGCAGCAGUAUACGCAUAAU